UUUUUCGAACUCACGUCUGUCGAAGAUUUUGUGCAGCAGCUACGAGAUAAGAAACGUCAGCUAGAGACCAGCUUCGUCACUGAAGACGAGCCAUUUGUGCUCGUUCACGGAGACUUUCACGGUCGGAAUAUCAUCAUGCGUGGUACGCAGGUGCAAGCUGUCCUUGAUUGGGAGUUUGCAGGUGCAUAUCCUUUGGGAGAGCUGUUAGGAUGGAUGGGUGUCGAUGUCCUGGAAGUCGUCGACGACGAAUCAGAAGAGGAUAAUGUACUUUGGAGCAGGGAGAUUGUACGUAUGGUUGAAGAGACGGCGAGACAAAGAGGAUGGGAUGAGAAGGAAUUGGCGCUGUUAUUGGGCAAUGGAUAUCCUGUCCUCGGUCAAGCAAGGAUAGAAAUGGUUCCGUCCGAUCCUUGA